AAUUAAUAAAAUAAAUAAUCAACUUUGAGAUGGACUCCUAAACAAACGAUGUGGUAAAUGUCUGAUUUUUUCAUCUUAAAAGAAUUUUUUUUCGGUAGAAAUUUAUGUAAAGAAUUUCAUUAAAAAAUCUAGGUCAGAACAAAUUAGACCCGGCCCCGUUAAAAAGAUCGAACAAUGUUGUCAAACAUGUGUUGCACGUGGAAAGGAGCCGGUCACUCGAGCAUCCAAAAUGCAGAAAAAAUGAAAUUCUAAUAUCAUUUGUUUAAUCAACGAAAGAAAACAUAUUCUAUAGCAACAUUGUCUAAUAUAUAGCAUUCCUUACAUGUAUUUCAACCAAUAAAUUUCAACAAAUAAAUUGGCGAACUAUAUGUACUUAGCUAAAAUGCUUAUAUGAUACAACUGUAAAUAAAGAUUCUUUUAAUGGUAAAUGACUCGAUCCCUAUAAAAUGACAAAUGGAAAUUGCUAUAUGUAAUAUCGAAGUUAUAUGUCUAAUAUUGUAUUGUACUUUUUCAGUGAUAUGUUACACAGAUGACAUACUUUUCCCAUGCUCCACUUGAUGCAGUUACACACCACUAUCAUGAAGUUGUUAUUCAUUAUAUUGAUAGAAUAAAGAUGAUGUCAUAAAAGGUUUUAUUUCCUCCUAGAGAACUUUUACAAUUUUGUGAUCAUUACAAGAAUGAUGGAUGAAGUGGAUGACGAUUACGAGGAUAUGGAAGCGCCACUGACACCGCCAGCGAAGAGGGGAGAUUCAGAGUUGGAGUACUCGGAAAUCUAUUUUGGUCGGUCAACAACAAACCAUUGGUCUGAAAAGCCUGCUGUAUCUGACGAAAAAGUUAAUGAAGAUAGUGUGUUGUACAGUGAAGUGAGAGUAGACAAACGUUAUGAAAACGUUGAAAAUGAUGGAGACGUUAGUUGUUCUAAUUUGACUGAUUUGAAUGGUGGCGGUAGUACUUCAAAAAGCGACACGAGCAGUGAUAAAGAUUACAUAGAGAUGAAUGAUUCCGAAUACUUAAAGAAGAAAAUGGAGCCUCGUGUUUGUGUCAAGGAAAUUCCGAAAGGUAGCGAGCUACAACUCUGUCGAUAUAGCGGCGGUGACUACUGUACGCUUCAAUCAUAUCUUAAAAAUCAAUUGGUUUCCACAAAACAAAACGAAUCAAGUAGAUACAAGUCAAAAUCCAGCACUGAGAAUUUGUUUUUUACGGACGUUGCUAGCAUUGAAGAUGGAAAAAUUGUUUUAAUCACGUCGUGUGGUGAAGUAGUGAUACUCGCUCCUGAUGGAAAGUUCUUGUUAUUGGAAAAGUUCGACGCUGUGUUUGAUAAAUGUACCGUCAUUGGCAAGCACGAAAUAGCGGUGUCCUGUGGUUUUCAAAUUCGGUUUUUCGUGCUGCUUGAGGAGGAGGUGAAAGAGGAGGAUGAGAGGUGUAUCGACUUUCAGUACGAUUCUACAACAGUACAUGGGCUUUCCUAUAGCAUGCACACUUUUGCGAUGUCUUGUAAUCUUCAAAGUGUUGAUUCUUCUCAGAAACCGACAAUAAUUCUUUACGACAUGAGAAGAAGGUCUAGCAGAACUAUACCAACUGUUCGAUUUGUGUUUCCAGGCGAAGUUCUAUUGAGCUCCGACUGUAAAAAAAUAUUUGUUGCUGACCAAAUCAAAAAGACAGUAACUUGCCUUGAUGAUGAAGGAAAGGUUAUGUGGGAGAUAACUGAACAAAGAAACCCAGUGUCACUCACUUUAGCUAACAACAUCCUAGCAGUAGCUUAUGAAAACUUUACAAACAUAAGGUGUUAUCAGUAUUCAAAUGGCAGUUUCCUCGACUGCAUUCAAAUAGGACCCCUUGUAUCGACAAGAACAGUUCUCCUCGCUAAUAAUUUGACACAUAUUAUCAUCUGUCCCUGCGAGCACUCAGCUGAUCAGCUAUUUGAUUUGGUUGUGUUUGUUCCACUUAAAAACAUGAAGCGAAAUGGUUUUAAAAAGAAAUUGUCUAAAGUUUUGUUUCACAAAUGAUACGUACAUGUAGUAGAACCAGAUGUUCUGACGAUAACUAGUGUAUGAAGUUUAACUUACUCUAUAAUAGUAUUUAUUAGCAUGAAAAAAAGACAGUAACUGUUGUUCUCAAAGCAUGCCAUUGUUUCUAUUAGAAAAAAAAUUAACCAUUCUAGAGUGCGAUAUUCAAGACUAACAAAUCUUAUUCAGAUGUAACUAGAAGUCCAGAACCAGCAUAUGUUUAUAUGUUUUCAUGUCGCAUGUAUAUCGCUGAUGAUUUUAAAAAAUAAUAUUCCGGGCAUGUUGACUGUAAAUAUAGGUUAACAUUUUAAAUGUAUCAAGGUCAUGUCACUGUUUUCAGAAGUCACGAACGGACAAUUUAGUCAUUUGUCAAUUUCCAAUUUCACUAGAUCAGUAUCAAUCAAGGUCUAAUGUCAUUUCUGCAAAAAGUCAAGAUUCAACAAGGUUAUCUGUAAUUGUUAUUAGAAGUUAUAACUGUAUUAUUUUACUGUUACUUUUAUCAAUAUAUAAAUAAUUAGAAUAAGCAUGUCAGUUUCCGAAAGUUCUACAGACUGUAGGUCAUUGUUAUUCACAAUUUUCCAUAACAUUCACUAUGUUAUGUCUUAAUAGACAUAAAAGAAUAUGAUUUAAUAUUGUCUUGCGUCUUUCCUACUCGAUUUAUUAUACCUACAAGUUCAAAUGAAAUGAGCUUAAAUACACGUACUGUGCAAUAUGCUGCCAAUAAAUAUUCCAUAAAAAUUAUUAUUAUACCUCAUUAUGAUUAUUCUAUAUAAUUCUGAUUGGUUCUAGACAAUCACGUGCCAGGGCAAUACCUAUUUUAAAAAUCUUCAUAUUUCCCU